AUGCAGGAUCUGGACCCUGAUCGCCCUGAUGCCUACGUGGAGCCCGAGGAGCCUGUUGAGAAUGAAGACUUCGAUAGAACCGCAUUGGAGGUCAUGCCGGAGUAUGAGGAGGAGCCCUUGACAGGCAAGCUGAAUCUCACUUUCAUGUUGACUAAGAACGAUUACAAGAAGCGACUGUCAUACUCGGAAGCUAUCGAGGUCGAGCGAAUAUGGCAGAACAAUCGAGCUGUCCUGCAAUCUCAGAGCGAAUCAGACCACGACAACCGAAACUUGCUGCCGUGGGAGCAGGAAGCAAGCCAGAUGCUUGACGAGGCUAUCGAGUACGUCAGGGAGCGAGAUCGAGAUGUAGAGAUGAAAGGGAUUGAAUACAAGGACAACAAGAACGACAACAGACAUCACCAUCACAUUCUUGACAACAAGAGUCAACACCAAGUUCACUACCUCAAGGGACAAGAGACCAUGAGCAACACAAGUCUACAAGAUGCCUUGAUGGCUCCCGAGGACCCCGAGCCAACGCCGAACCUGUUCGAUGACUACGAAUACUGUGAUCUGAAAUCAUGCAUGAGAUAUGAAGCCCUGAAGGCUGUUGCAGACAAGGAAAAGAAGAAACGAAUCGACUCCGACGACUCGAUUCGAAACCUCGUUGCCUCUGAACUCUUGAACGUUUCUUCCACGACAAGUAAGAUUUCUUACGGCGAGCUUGUCUCCGGGGAACCGCCCGACGAAUGGCCUUUCCGACCUGGAAGGAGGACCAAGGAUAAUAUUUUCGACCACGAGAUAGACGAAAAUCUCCUGGAAAAGUACACCCUCACGUGGGACAAGAUCUUGAAGAACGAAGAGUUCUGGAUCGAGAGGAUUAAGAGGUCUAUGGACAGGGAGUACUUGGAGACUCUCCUGCAAGUGCGGGAGAAGUGGGGAUUCGUCCCAGUGCCUGACGUCGAUGUGGAGGGAGUGACAUGCUGGAACUCGACUGUUCCUCCUCCUCUGCUCCCUCCUCCCUCUCCAAGGCGAGACGACCUCAUCCUCCCCGAUGCAUUCAAGACGUUCGCUGCUGCUGUCUGGGCAGCGAAAGAUGGAGAGAGAAUCUUCUUGAGGGCUGGAAACCACACAUGGAAGGGAGCAGAGUCAAGGAGUGACCUCGCCAUCCAAUAUGACGGGAUCUUUAUGAACUCAAAACUCCCUCCUCGAAUCAUCGAGGUGCUCUUUGGCAUCGUCAGCGUCCCCAACUGUGAGCUAGAUCCCUUCCUCCUGGCUUCUCCUGACCUUCCUCCUCCUCCAGUUCUCCGUGCAGAACCGACGCUGAACCUCCUGGAGCUCGAGCAGGCAGGGCAGGAGGAAAGUUUCUGCUUGCAUGUCACCGGAGAGGAAGGAGCGAGACUGUGCGGGAGGAUGAUGCUUCAGGCCAACUCGGUCGGCUCCUUCCUGGGGGUGCGACUGGCGAUGGAGAACAACAACAGCUACCUGGAGGACGAGAAAGACGAUGCGGUUUACAUGAAUGCGAUAGAGACGAGGGGGGGGCCAUGGCUGUUCCAGCACUGCGAGCUCAGAGCUUGCGGGGCCGUGGCCCUGUGCGCGGCGAGACGAUCGCUGACCAAGAUACGGCAGAGCGUGAUAGGAGGGGUAUCUCACCAGCGGGAACGUCACUCGGGAGGAGGAAGAGCGACGUGCGGGCUGCUGGCAAGGGACUUUGCCAGGGUCGUGCUGAACGAAGACACGAUCGAGAUGACAGGGACCGUUAUCCUACCUGCGCUGCAUGCGGUCGGGAUGAGCCAGGUCUCCGUAGACAGGAGCGUGUUCCAGCGUAACAUUCACUCGGUCGGCGUGCUGGACAGAGCGCAGGUGAAGCUCUCGAGCUGCUUCCUGCAGAACAACUUCCAGGGCGCGUUCCUCGCAGUGAACAAGCAGGGGGAGGUCGCACGGGAUGACGAGCUGGGGGAGGAGGAGAGAAGGAUGGUGGAGGUUAUGCUGACAGAGAGGGCGAAGAAGGAGCAGGGGAUGAGAAAGUUCUUCCAUCAGUUCCCCAUCCACUGGGACAAGUACAGGAGAGCAUGGACGAGGGUCCCGUCGCGGCCCACCAGGAGGAUGGACCCCCUGCUGGGGAACGUGACAGACGGCUGGCUCUACGGCCUUCCUGGAUGGACCCAUGGAGUCCCCGACAGCGUGAAGGAGCGAGUGGAGGCACUGAUGGACGCAAGUAUCGCCUCGUCCUCGAACCUGCUAGAGCUCUCCUCCUCCGUCUUCAAGUGGGGCCAAGUCGGCUGCCCGCUGUCCCUCCGGAUCGCCAACGGAGAUGCGGAGGGUGACCAGCUGACCAUCAACUUCAACGGAGGCUCCCACGAAGCCUCGCUGCACGUGCGGGGCUGCAACGUGUCCGGGGCCCUGUGGUCCACCAACGAUCGUCCGGGAGUCUUCAGGAGCGAGGACGUGCUGGAGAUGCAGGACGUGUGGAAGGAGACGUUCGUUGAGGGGCCCUACCGCAUGAACUGCUCCCACAUGCUGGAGCAGUUUGGGUUCAAGUGGGACGAGAGCAUGCGGGACUGGCUGAAGCCCGUCCGGCGAGCCGACGGCUCCUACGUGUUCGUGCGAUGGAACGAGACGAGGUUUGAGGACGAGGCUCCUGGAGGGUAUCCGGGGACACCGGAGGACUACCCGAUGUUCGACCCUGAGACAGGAGCAGAGAUCUUGCCGCUGAACGAGACGGUAGUGAAGAGGAAGUCUAUCCCCUUCCUCAACUUCGAGACCGGCGAGCCCCCAAAGGCGAUCGCCGAGCACUGGAAGAAGGAGAAACGCAUCAUCCAGCUGAAGGAGCUGCUGGAGCUGAAGAGGCUGCGGGAGGACCCCGAGUACUUGACCAUGAAGCUAGCAGGGGAUCCGGAGCCUGAGGAGGAGGGGGUGGGGCUGAAAAUGAAAUACUACAAGACAGACGCCGAGCGCCGCGUCGCCUCCAUGCGCCUCCUGGAGAAGUUCUUCAACCGACCCUACCGGGGCAAACUAGAGGCUGGCAACGAGGAGCCUAUCACCCUCUACGACUUUCAGCCCAAGGGCGACUCUAUGGCGUCAAAAAAGACUCCUCCUCACAGCAUCAAGCUGAACAAGCGAGGUGACAGACUUGAAGUUCGCGUCACCCUCCCGCGGCACAUACCGGAUUCCGUCUUAGAUAUCAAGGCAGAUAAUGGAGGCUUCAAGUUGGACACCGGAAGCUGGGGAGGGGGCUACCACCUGGAGGCCGCAUGGCCGCAGAAUGUGGAGGGGAAGGAGAAUGCGGACGGAAACAGCAAGAGAGCCGGAGACAAGGUGAAGACAAGCAAGUCGAAGCAGCCGGCGAAGGGGAAGAAGGAGACAGGGAAGAAACAAGGCAAGAGGGGCAGGGCAGAGGUAGAGGAAGGGGGAGACUCGGCAGAGGUGGGCGCGAGUGACAAGAAGCCGAAGAAGAAGGCAAAGACGAUCGUGUCGGAUAAGAGCACGGCUCUUUCUCUCAUGGAGUCGAUCGUCGAUAAGGCAGAGGCUGAGGUGGAGACCAAGCUGAAGAAAGAGAAGGAGAAGAACGACAAGAUCAAGCAAAUCAUGGAUAAGCGCAAUGAGAGAAAGUCGAUGAAGCAAGAGAAGAAGACUGUGUUGAUGCAAAAGCUCAAGGAGGUGAGCUCCAAGAAGCAGGCGCAAGAGAAGAAGAAGGAGGAGGCCCCAGAGACAAAGAGCAAAAAGAAGCGAGUGAGCUGGGGACAGAACGAGUCAAGAUGA